AGAUGAGAAAGAUCUCCGUAAGGAUCCAGCAACGCUUCUCCAAGUGCGGAUAAGUACAGCAGAAACAGCUUCGGAACUUUUUAUUUGUGUUGUUUUAAUCCGUCAAAAGUUUAAAUACCUUCAGUUUCCGCUAGAAGAUGAUACGUCAAGGUCUAUUCGCCAUAUUUCUUAUAGCACUGGCCUAUGUGUACUCCAAGCCUACAGUGUUACACAGGGCCAAGAGGUGGGAGGAGUUUCCGAACCUAACCUUCACGUUCGACUGCUCCGAUCGCGCUGUGGGUUUCUACGCCGACACGGAGCACCACUGCCAGAUCUUUCACAUGUGUGACGAGGACGGCCGCCGGAUCCCUUACAUCUGCGCCAACGAGACCAGCUUCAACCAAGAAUUCCGCGUUUGCGACUGGGAGUAUAAUUUCGACUGCAACCAGGCACCGCAGUGGUACUAUCUGAACGAGCUUACCUACGUCACUGAUCCACCCAAGCCUCGGGUUCCGAACCCAGAAAGCAGAGCGGCAGCAGAGGCAGCGUUCCAGCAGUAAAUCAGCGAGUACGACUAAAUAUUGAAAUGUCAUUCAAAUUCCUUCCAAAGACUGCAACUUGAAUGAAACAAGGCUGUAAGUACAACUCACAAGAAGAAAUGCAACGUCUGAGGAAGAGAUCGCCAUUUUCAGCAAAUGUCAUCAAGAUGGCGGGAUACAACUUCGCUUUUGUUCUUCAUCAUUGUUCCUAUAUGUAAUAAAUACUACUACUCAUAUAGACUUGAAAGGAUUCUGACGGUGGUGUAUACUGUACUUCUUUUGGCUUAUUUGGAUUUCACCCAUCG